UGGCUCCACCUGUUGAAAGCCCCGAAACCCCUCCCGGGAAUGCUGAUUUGCUGAUCCAGUCAAGCAAACAAAUCCAGCGGCAACCAACCCCCUCUGGGAAGCGCUCCGCGUCGCUCUCAUUCAGAGGGUGGCUUCCCUCGAUCCCGCCGCCGCCGCUUCGGUUUCAUAGACUAAGGAAGUUCUGAGAUCUGGGAGCCCACAGGCGUCCGUCUGAACCGACUGCGCGGGGCUGGAGCGAGGCCCGGGAAGGGGAGCGUGGAUCUGAUUGUCCUGAUUUUUGCAUCCCAUCUUAGGGUUGCUGUGGGAGCUAGUGAAAUUUCUGAAGGGGCAAAAGAAAUGCUUACAUCCAUCCACCAUCUUCCUCGUUUCAGAGAAUUUUAUGGUAUUUGAAGAAAACCUGCAGUGAAGUCUCUUUCCAGUUCUGAAGUGCAGACAUUACUGUAUGACUUCUUUAGGUCAAAAAGGGCAGAAGAUACCUGUGAGAAAUAAGUGAAGUGAAGGAAGAACUGGAGCACAUCCAGUCUUCCAUCCCUGGGGAAACAAUUCCAAAAAUGUAUUGCACAGAAAUGGCUGUAUGGAUUUGGACACUCAGCAUACUGAGCUACUCUUGUGUUACCUGUGCAUUAAGAUCUAAAAAAGCAGAUUCAUUUGUUACUAAGACAGAACUGAGCCAUUUGGUGGUGAACUAUGAUACAGAGACAGUUUAUUUAGGAGCAGUAAAUACCCUGUAUCAACUUGAAAAAAACUUGAAACUCCGUCAGCCAAUGGAUGAAGUAUCAACUGGGCCACAUUUGGAUAACAAAAGGUGCACUCCUCCCAUUGACGAAAGCCAGUGCACAGAAGCAAAAAUGACUGACAAUUACAACAAGAUACUCCUGCUGGACACACAGGAGAAGAAAAUUAUAGUUUGUGGGAGCCUGUUUAGAGGAAUCUGUUCCAUAAGAGAACUGGAGAACAUUUCAAACAGAACUUACUAUGAGAAUGGCAGUGGAGAAAAGUCAUUUGUUGCAAGUAAUGAUGAGAAUGUAACCACAGUGGCCCUAAUAACCUCUUUGUCAAAAGGUCGAAUGAUGUUUGUGGGAAAGGGCAAUGGGCCCAAUGACAAUGGGAUAAUAAUCAGCACUCGGCAGCUUUUUAAUAAAGAUGGGAGAGAGAUUUUUGAACUCUAUGCAGAUCCGACUGCUAUUAAAUCAACAUAUCCUUCUGCCAGCUUUCAACAGUUUCUGUACAUCUUUGAAGACAACAAAUUUGUAUAUUUUAUUUUUAAUCAGAAUGAGAAGAUAUUCACUGUAAACCGGACACUAAUUGGGCGACUCUGCAAAGAAGAUGAACAUUAUCAUUCCUACUUUGAAAUGGACUUGGAAUGUAAAGAUGAGACUGGCCCUUACAACCAAAGUAAUGCAGUCUAUGUUGCUGUACCUGGACAGAAACCAAAAGAUAAUGUAACCUCAUCAGGACAAGAGCAGAACAAAAUGAUUGUUGGACUUUUCAGGAGAAUGGAAAAAGACUCCUUGGAAUGUGCCAUAUGUGUGUUUUCCUUACAGGAGAUCAAUGAAAAGAUUGAAGAAAACAGGGACAAAUGCUACAUGAAGGAUGGAAGUAAUGUAUUUUAUAAACCAUUUAGAACUGAAGGUCCUCCAUGUGCUACUGCAUCUCCACUGAAUUCAAGUAAAACUUUCCCAUGUGGUUCUGAACAUUUACCAUAUCCUCUGGGAAGCAAGGAAGGAAUUUCCGCAAAACCAAUACUGAAAAGGGAAGGUAUAAAUUUAACUGCAGUUACCUUUACAGUGGAGAAUGAGAAGACAGUAUUAUUUGUUGGAACAUCAGAUGGCAGAAUCCUGAAGGUGGCUUUAUCUGAUCAUGCAAGGGAGUAUGAUAGCAUUGUUGUUGAAAGACACAAGCCUAUCAAGAGGGAUCUUGUCCUCGAUCGGGACCAUGACAACUUGUAUGCGAUGACCGCAAACGAGGUAUUUCGCUUUCCUGUCCAGGAGUGUGCUAGUUCCUCAACCUGUGAAGCAUGUAUUCAGUCCCGGGAUCCUUACUGUGGCUGGUGUGUAAUAGAAGGAAAAUGCACAAGGAAAAAAGACUGUACACGAUCAGCAAGAGCCCAUAACUGGCUAUCUAGUCUAGAUGGCAUUUGCUUGAACAUUACAAGUGCCCAUCCUCAAAAUAUGAGCCGGAGAGCCCCAGAAGAGGUCAAAUUGACUCUAAGUCCUUUGCCAGAUUUAAAUGAAGAUGACCAGCUUUGGUGUCAAUUUGGCGAAAACAUCCAUCAGGCACAGUUAGAAGGAGAAGCUAUUAUCUGUUAUCCUCCUAACACGAUUCCUCCAACAAUAGAAGGCCAAGAUUAUGUCUUGGUUCCACUACGUCUGACCUUUGGGAAAAAUAUAUCUUUUGCAUCAGACACAUAUCCUUUUUAUGAUUGUGGAGAGGCUAUAAAUCAUUUUGAAAAUGAACCGUGUUAUUCCUGUGCAAGCAGUAGGUGGAAUUGCCAGUGGAACUGGAAGAAACAUAUCUGUGAAGAUUCUUCCCUAGAAGAAGAUGUGAUUAAACAAAAUAUGGCAGAAGAAUGUCCACACUUUCUAAAUCCCAACCCUAAAAUAAUACCUAUGGAAGAUUCAACAAAAGUAUAUUUUGAAGGAAAGAAUCUAGAUCAUUAUCAGGGUAGUCAUUUCAGAAUUGGAAAUAAGCAGUUUGGAUUUGAAACUGGUGUGGAACAAGCAGCCGAUGGAACCUUCUUCUUUGAAAGCCUAACUAUUGCCAACGUUGAAAAUGAAACUCAACCACUUAGUUUAUUUAUUACAAUGGAUAAAGGCAAGAUUGAUAGCAAACUGAUUGUGACUUUAUAUAGCUGCUCCUAUGGUCGGGCUGAUUGCAGUCUGUGUCUUGCUGCUGAUCCUCAGUAUGAAUGUGUCUGGUGUGAAGACAGGGAUAGCUGUGUUUACAAAAAACGGUGCUCAGCUUCUACCAGGAACUGCCCUGCUCCAGUCAUUACAGAGAUCGAACCAAAGAAUGGACCACUCAGUGGGGGAAUUUUGGUGACCAUAAGGGGAUCCAAUUUGGGCAUAAAAGCUGAAGAUGUUGAAAAUAUAAUGGUAGCAGGCACUGAAUGUAUAUUUAGAGAAGAAUUUUACUCUGUUUCUACCAGGAUAGUAUGUGAAGUUGGAAGUGUGCCUGAGCAAACAGAAGGUAAUAUUGAAGUUCAGAUAAAUGGAACACUGGGCACAUCAACAAAUGAAGUGCAAUUUAAAUAUCAGGAUCCUGAACCUACAGGCAUAUGUCCUCAGAAGGGACCCCAGGCUGGGGGGACAGCCCUAACUAUCAGAGGCACAAACUUGGACACUGGCUCUAUUCAGGAUGUUAAAGUUUACCUUGAUAAUGAACCCUGCAGAGUCACCCGAUUCGGACAAGAAAUUGUUUGCAUUACUGGACAAAAUACCAAAGAAGGACCUGUUUCCGUAACAGUACAUCAUGGACAUAGCAAAAAAAUAAUACAAAAUGAACAAUUUAUCUAUAGCGAAAACCCUACGGUUAGCAAGAUCACCCCUGAAGUCAGCAUUCGCAGUGGAGGGCGGAAUAUUACUGUAGUUGGAACUGGUUUUGAUAUCAUUCAGAAUUUCUCUGUGGAAGUUCUUUUUAAGUCUUAUGAAGAUUCCUCAUCAAGGAAGAGGAGGAAGAGACAAGCAGAGUCACAAAAGUUUGAAGGGAAAACUGUCUCAAAAAUCAAUGAUACUGCAAUGGUCUUCUUAUCUCCACCAGUAUUGGAUGAUCCCGAAAACUAUAGAAUUGCUAUACUUAUUAAAAUGGAUGGUCACACAGUGCAAAGAGACUUUCAAUAUGUUGCUGAUCCAACCUUUGAGAACUUCACUGAUGGUAUCAAAAAGCAGGUCAACAAACUUAUUCAUGCAAAAGGCAGUAAUCUGAACAAAGCCAUGACAAUGGAUGAGGCUCGUGCAUUUGUGGGAGAGGAGCCAUGUAACAUCACCACCCUGACUGAGAAGGAUUUAUACUGUGAACCACCUGAAGAGCAGCCCCCACCCAAGCGAAGGCAGAAGAGAGAUACGGUUAAUAACCUGCCAGAAUUCAUCGUGAAAUUUGGCUUCAAAGAAUGGGUUCUAGGAAGAGUGGAAUAUACGCAAGUGAGUGACAUACCCUUGAGCUUGAUCUUGCCAUUGGUGAUAAUUCCCAUGGUGGCCAUUAUCUUCAUCUCAAUCUAUUGCUACAGACGGAAAAGCCAACAAGCAGAACGGGAGUAUGAAAAAAUUAAAUCACAACUUGAAGGCUUGGAAGAAAGCGUCAGAGACCGGUGCAAAAAGGAAUUUACAGAUCUGAUGAUAGAAAUGGAAGAUCAGACGAAUGACAUCAAUGAAGCAGGAAUUCCUGUGCUGGACUAUAAGACCUAUACAGACAGAGUCUUCUUCCUGCCAUCCAAAGAUGGAGAAAAAGAUGUGAUGAUCACUGGAAAACUGGACAUUCCUGAGGCCAGGCGAUCCACUGUGGAACAAGCACUCAAUCAGUUCUCCAAUCUGCUCAAUAGUAAAUCAUUUCUCAUUAAUUUCAUUCACACAUUGGAAAACCAAAAGGAAUUUUCUGCCCGUGCCAAAGUUUAUUUUGCAUCUCUCUUGACUGUGGCUUUGCAUGGGAAGCUAGAAUACUAUACUGACAUCAUGAGGACAUUGUUUUUGGAGCUGAUGGAACAAUAUGUUGUUGCCAAAAAUCCUAAACUGAUGCUUCGAAGAUCAGAAACCGUCGUGGAGAGGAUGCUUUCUAACUGGAUGUCCAUUUGUUUGUAUCAGUACCUCAAGGACAAUGCCGGAGAACCUCUUUAUAAGUUGUUCAAGGCUAUCAAACAUCAGGUGGAAAAAGGGCCUGUGGAUGCAGUGCAAAUGAAGGCCAAAUACACACUGAAUGACACUGGAUUGUUAGGAGAUGAUGUAGAAUACACUCAGCUGACUGUAAAUGUGAUCGUACAAGAUGAAGGCACAGAAUCCGUACCAGUAAAGGUGCUGAACUGUGAUACUAUUUCUCAAGUAAAGGAGAAGAUCAUAGAUCAAGUCUAUCGAAAUUUGCCAUAUUCUCAAUGGCCAAAACCUGACAGUGUCGUUCUUGAGUGGCGUCCAGGUUCAACUGCACAGAUACUCUCAGACUUGGAUGUAACAUCCCAAAAAGAUGGCAGGUGGAAACGCAUCAAUACCCUGAUGCACUAUAAUGUACGAGAUGGUGCUACUCUCAUCUUGUCAAAAAUGGGGGUUUCCCAGCAGCCAGAGGACCACCAACAAGACAUGCCAGAAGAAAGGCAUGCAUUACUGGAAGAGGAAAAUAAGAUUUGGCAUCUAGUUCGGCCAGUAGAUGAAGUUGAUGAAGGUAAAUCAAAAAGAGGAAGCAUGAAAGAGAAGGAGAGAACCAAAGCUAUUACAGAAAUCUACCUGACAAGACUCCUCUCUGUGAAGGGUACACUUCAGCAGUUUGUAGAUAAUUUUUUUCACAGUGUGCUCGACUCAAACCAUGUUGUGCCACCGGCUGUGAAAUACUUCUUUGAUUUUCUUGAUGAGCAAGCAGAAAAGCAUGAUAUCAGAGAUGAGGAUACUAUCCACAUCUGGAAAACAAACAGUUUGCCACUUAGGUUCUGGGUAAACAUACUGAAAAACCCCCAUUUCAUCUUUGAUGUUCAUGUUCAUGAAGUAGUGGAUGCUUCCUUGUCAGUCAUUGCACAGACUUUCAUGGAUGCUUGCACAAGAACAGAGCACAAAUUAAGCAGGGAUUCUCCAAGUAACAAAUUACUAUAUGCAAAAGAGAUCUCUACAUAUAAGAAAAUGGUGGAAGAUUAUUACAAAGGCAUCCGCCAGAUGGUGCAAGUGAGUGACCAGGAUAUGAAUACACAUUUAGCAGAAAUUUCUAGGGCACACACAGACUCAUUAAACACCCUUGUGGCUUUACACCAGCUCUACCAAUAUACUAACAAAUACUAUGAUGAGAUCAUAAAUGCACUAGAAGAGGAUCAAGCUGCACAGAAAAUGCAGCUGGCUUUCCGAUUACAACAGAUAGCAGCUGCCUUAGAGCAUAAAGUGACUGACCUUUGAUUUGAAAGCUGCAAUAAAGAAGCCUGAUCUCAAGAUGUGUAAAUUCAUUCUUCCUCAUAAGGAAAUAGUGUUCUAUUUUUUAAUGUAUAAUUACAACUUUAAAUGAAAAAAAAUCUUUUUUUAUAGCAAAGCUGUAAUGUAAAGAGUUUUUACUGUAAAUUAUGCUUCUAAUUAAAAGCUUGUGUUGUGUGUAAAUGAAUUUCCAGUGGGAAAUGAGGGAAGUCCUUAGGGGUGGGGUGGGUAAAGUUAUAGCUCAUUUAAUCAAAUAGUACAAUCUUGAAACAUCAGCAUUUUUAGAAUUCAUUAUGCUAGUAAAUUCACUACCUGUAGCAUUCUUUAUAGUUUAAGCAAUAUUUGUACUAGAAAAGUGAUAGCAUAUUGGAAAACUAAAUGCAAUAUCCCCUUUUUAAUUUUAAUAAUUGGAAAUAAUAUUUUUUCCUACUGUUUUGAAAAUCCCAUUGUCUCUAUGCUGCUCAUAAUGAGUAGAAUAUAAGACACAUUUGCUAUGACAUUUCUGUUUAAGACAUUGCCGUGGAUUUUGGUACCAUGCAUCUUUUCAUACAUGAAAACGAAGUGCUAAAAAAGUGGUUGUUGACUGCUGCUCUCUUACCCACUUUUCUAAGGUCAAGUCGGACAGUACAGUCGACUAAUUGGAAUGGCCAGAUCCUUAAACUUCAAAGAAACACAUAUAUCCCUAAGAACAUAAUCUGGAUGACCAUGUGUGUGCACUUCAGCACAGACUGAAUUGUUGGGAAUGUGCAAAGCACUCAAGGUCCUUAUGUGAACUUAAAGCAACAUCUCCAGGUAUUUCCAAAGAGCCAAAGGCAGCUCAUAAUGGACAGCCUUUUCCUCCAUGUUGUAGGGAAGUGACGGCUUGUGCUUGCCACAAAGCUAUUGUUGAUGGAUGCCAAGGAUAAAAUAGAGUCUGUGUUCAGCCAAAGCAAUCAGUUUCGGCUGCCUAAAAGUGCAAAGAGAUGUGCAGGCCUGCCUCAGUAAUAGUGAGAGAAUGGCGGCAGAGGACUAUUAUCCAAGGUGAAGAUGUUCGUGGCUCUGACCUGAAAAACCUGGAAUUUGAUCCUGUUUGCUUGUAGACUGCCCUAAUGUCUUGCAAGACAGUCUCUUGAUCAUCCCUAAUGAAAAAUAGUGGUGACGAAUCCUAAUUUGACUCAAAAAAUUAGGCAAAUCAAAUUGGCCUUUCUUUUUCUUUUGUUUUUGUUUUAUUAUAUAUGCUAAUGUGCCUUACUUGUACUAAUUAUGUGAAUCUGAAUGGUUUUGUAAAGAGAAUCAUAUCAAAAAUAUUUAUGUGUGGUUUGAUGACUUUUGUGAGAAAAUUGACCAGCAGAAUGCCUGUAAUUAGCUUCUUGCCGAUAGUGUGCUGUUUGACAUGAUUCAGAUAUGUAUAUCUUUUGUUGGAAUCGUUCAUAGGACUUUUUAAAAUAAUGAAUCUUCACACUAUGCUAGGAAGAUUAAUAUUUGGUUUUCUAAAAAAAUAAAACAAAAAAACUGUGUUUGUAAUGUAAAUUACUCAUUGUAAGAAAAUCCCAUGUCCCAUCUCGCCUAAACACCAUUUGAGCCUUGGAAUGCUGCGAUGGAUGGAAUAAUCACCAUUAACUUUACUGUGGAAAUUAAAGUAACUUGUCAAAAUGUAAUAUGUGUGUUUACAAUAUUAGUCAGUUUCCAGGCAAUAUGAUAUAGAGCUUGGUACGUUAUCUUAAAUUGCUAUGUUGCACAAAAAAGCAAUCUUUGUUACAUUUCUUUCUUGUCAUAGUUUUUGGCAGUUCAGUAGCAUUUUUUGUGUAGCACUGCCAUCCGCGCUCAGUACCUUUCGGUGUUGCUGUCUUGUUUCUGUCCUGUGACACCUUAAAACUUGCUUGUCUCUUAACACAGUGACAGAGUUUCAUUUGCUACCUCUCCCUGCACUGGAGUUAAUCUAACCCAGGCUUUGCCAACCAGGCACCCUCCAGAUGUGUGGGACCACAACUCCCAUGGCAGGUGUAGUUCCACGCAUCUGAAGGGUGCCCAGUGGAUAAAGGCUGGCCUAAACUUUUGUCCUGCUGUCUCAUUCUCAAGUGUAUUGGUCGUGUCUUCUUGAUUUCUGUGGAGUGAGUUGCUAGCAGUGUAGCACUGAUGACAAAAUUUUUUGGCUACGGUGGAAAUUGUCAGUGAGUUCUUGUAGAAGUAAAAGGGGAAAGAAACAGGGUGUUGUUUUCCAUGUCCUUCCUUUUAUAUUUAAUUUUUGCUGUCAUCGGUAUGCGAAACUCAGCACACCUAGAAUGUAAGGAACUAUGAAUUGUUUGGAUCACUUUACCUAAAAAUACUGUGUCAAACUAAGCUUCUGUACUUGCCUUCUGUCUGAUCAACGAGAACUCGCUAAGCUGUUUCAUUCUGUCAUUAUUUGUAAAUCAUGUUAAUUGUAAAUCAAAUACAUUUUUUCCACGAAGUGUCAUA